AAUUGAAUGAGGCAAAUGGCAUUUAAGGGGAAUCAAGUGGCCGAGGCGUCUUGCGUCAAUUUGAGGCUUGUAUCAUGGGCAAAAGUCUUGAAAGUUGACUUAAACCUUUCGCAUCCACGUGGCAACUCGAUAUUUGUUACCCCUGAAACAAGCACUAAAUGGAGACGUACGCAAUACAGGUGUGCCUGGCAGAGGCAUUCUGUUACCGGCACGGUGGACAUAACAAAAUCUUCCAUGAAGAAAAUGGAUAAGGGCAGGGCAGCACCUCAGAAGACUUUUGUGUCCACUUUUCAGAUGGAUUUUAAGCAUGCCACCCCGAAGCUAGUGGGGAAGGGUAUUGACGAUGGACUGGAUCACAGGGGCCCUGCUUGGCGGGGUACCAGAAAGCAAGAAACUUCAACAGAAAAUUCUCUGAACCUCAGUUGUCUACGGGAUGACACUCGUGUCACAGAGCCUCUGCAGCACUGCACAUUGGAGGAAAGGAAUGCCAUCUUACUUCAAGGUGGUGUAACAGGAAGUCAGCCUCUCCGAAUUUCCCUGUUACAAAAAGAGAAAGAAACCAGUGACAAGAAGUUCUUCAGGCAACCCUUUGAGGUGAAGUGUAGAAGCACAGAAGCCUUCUCCACUCCUCGACAUUCACGCCCCAACAAGGAGAAGAGUGAAGGUACACUAGUGGAGUUUUUGGACGCCCAGGACCACUUGGAGGUGCAGGUUGGAACGCAGGCCACACUCGAAUGUUCCUUUAGGAGUUGCAGUUUUCCUGUGGCAUCAUGUUGGAUCUAUAACAGAGAACAGGUGGUUGUGGACAGGCCGGGGACUCGUGUUAAGAGAAAUGACACGGCCAGCAGUGUGGAGAUCUCGCAGGUUUCUCCAGAAGACGCAGGAGCUUACACAUUAAUACAGUUGUACUUACCAAGCCCCAAGAAAGGAGAGAUGCAACAUUUAUUGAAACUGACAGUCUAUCUGAACUCUCAGAAGAAUCAAGACCGGCCCCACCCUCCGGCAUCCUGCCCUGUGGUCUCCAAGCUCUCCUCCCAAUCCCUGGUGCUGGCCUGGUCGGGAUCCAGCUAUGACGGAGGCAGCGCGGUCACAGGGUACGUGGUGGAGAUGAGAGAACAAGGCCCAGGAAAGCCUGGGGACUGGCGAGCAGUGGUGACCCGCUGCAAGAACACCUCAUAUCGGGUCAGCUCUGGCCUGGAUCCCCACGGGGUGUACCACUUCCGUGUCCGGGCCUACAACUCUGUGGGUGUCAGUGAGCCAAGUGCACCAUCUGACUCUGUCAAAUUGGACCCAAUAGGAGAGCCAGAAGAGGAGCCCAAAUUGUAUUUACCUGUCACCAUUAACACCACAAACCAAAUCAAGGACCAUUACAAUGUGCAUGAGAAGCUGGGAGUGGGAAAGUUCGGCAGUGUGUUCAGGCUGAGUCACAAGGAGAGCGGCCAGGUGUGUGCCGGUAAAUUCUACCGCGCCCGCAGCUCCGGGGAGAAGGCUGUGGCACGCCAGGAGAUCAAGCUGAUGAAAUGCCUCCGACACCCCAAGCUGGUGGAGUGCCUGGGUGCCUAUGACAACCGUUCCGAGAUCGUUAUGCUGAUGGAGUACAUCGCUGGCGGGGAACUGUUCACCCGCAUUGUGGACGACAACUUCGAGCACACGGAGCCAAACAGCGCACGCUACAUCCAGCAGCUCCUGGAAGGCUUGCAAUUCGUACAUCAGCAGAACAUCGUCCAUCUAGACCUCAAGCCAGAGAAUAUUGUUUGUGUGGACAGCAUUGGCACCCGCAUAAAGAUCAUUGACUUCGGCCUGGCAGCCAAACUGGAGCCAGGUGUUACACACAGAGUGAUGCAUGGGACGCCUGAGUUUGUUUCCCCGGAGGUGAUUAGCUAUGAGCCGGUAGGGCUUGCCACGGAUAUGUGGAGCGUCGGAGUAAUCUGCUUCAUCUUGCUGAGUGGCGAAUCGCCUUUCCAAGGGAACACUGUCGCUGAAACCCUGGGCUCGGUGACGGCCGCAAGCUACAAGUUUGACGAGGAGAGCUUUGAGGACAUCUCGGAUCUGGCCAAAGACUUCAUCAGCGCCCUGCUCAAGAAGGACAUGAGGUGCAGGCUGUUGUGUGAUGGAGCCCUUGCCCACCCAUGGAUGGUCUCCUUUACCAGUUUAGUCCACCAGGCCAAGUCCCUCAAGAAGGACAAGAUGAGGCGCUACUUGGCCAAGCACAAAUGGAUGAAAACAGGCCAGGCUAUCCUGGCGUUACAGAGAAUUGCGAACCUCACCAACAGACUUUGUCCUGGCAGCUCUGGAGAUGAAGCUAACUGGAAACCCGAGGCGGAGCGGGCUAUCAAAUCCCUGGAGAAGGAGCUACGGGGGGAACCCAGCUUCAAGCAAGUCUUGAGCGACACUAGACUUCCCCGGGGAUCAUCUGCCCGCCUGACCUGCCAUGUCCAGGCUUACCCGGAGGCUAAGGUGUUGUGGCUUCUGGAUGAGGAGCCUGUUAAGGAAUCGUUGAAGGUCACCAUCGAAUACGAGGAUGACGGCAUGUGCACACUGGUCCUGAAUGACCUGGGACCCUCCGACUCUGGCAUUUACAAGUGCAGAGCCACCAACAGCCUGGGUGAGGCCAUGUGCUCUGCCAAACUUAAUGUAGGACUUUGAACUCCAGGAAUUUCCAUAAUGAGACUCUUGAUGCAGACUACAACGCAGGCCAUGUCUAUGAAAGUUUUUAGUGUUAUCAAUUGGAACAACUGGACUGGUCAAGUCUGUUUCUAGAGUAUUGUAGUGUUCUUUCGAACACCCCUCAGAGCCUUUGCAACAGAAUUUUUUUUAAAGUCUUUUAACUGUGUCCACUGUCUGUCAUGUUGCUUUCACCUUUACGUUUUUGGAUUGGCGUAUGAUGUAGGAAAGGUGAGAGCUUCUUAAUUAAACUUAAUUUAAAUGUUAAA